UUUACAUGUGACCAAAAUUAUCAUCUCUCUCUUAAAAAAAUCAAUCGUAGAUCUGACUUACUCCGAUCAGGCGAUGGCGAGAUUCUCAAUUUGCUGCGGAGACGACGGAGAAGGACCAAGCAACAAUCAUCAAUCCCGGAAAAGACAACGACUUCCUUCAAUCGAUGAAGAUGAAGAAAACGUCGAGAGCUCAGACGCCGGAAGUUCCGGUGAAGAAGACGAAGACGAAGAAACACAGAAUCGAGGAAGGGGAACGGACUCUGAUGACAGCGAUCGUGAAAUUGUGACAGAGGAGAGACGAUUUGGUAAAUUCGUAAAUAGUCAGAGUUCGUCGUCGAACAAAGAUUCGUCUCUUUCUGUAACGUUGUUGGAUCCAGAUGUUCUCGAUUGUCCUAUUUGCUGUGAGCCAUUGAAGAAUCCAAUUUUUCAGUGUGAUAAUGGUCAUUUGGCUUGUUCUUUGUGCUGCACCAAAGUGAGGAACAUAUGCCCCUCAUGCACAUUACCCAUCGGUUACGUUCGCUGCAGAGCCAUGGAGAAGGUUAUAGAAUCAUCUAGAGUCUCAUGUCCAAAUGCCAGAUACGGGUGUAAAGAGAAUACUUUCUACGGAAACCGAUUUAGCCACGAGAAGUUCUGUGUUUUCACCCCUUGCUCCUGCCCCAUACGUGACUGCAACUACACUGGCUAUUACAAGGAUCUCAACAACCACGUCCGUGCUGAACACAAAGAUGACCUGAUCUCGUUCAUGUGGAACACUCGUUUAACCAUUAGCUUGGACCUCAACGAGAAGACCACGAUUCUUCAGGAAGAAAACGAUGGGCAUGUGAUUGUAGUUCAAGUUUUCAGGGCGUUGCACGCUGUGUAUGUUAGUGUCAGCUGUAUUGCACCUUCGGCACCAGGAGUGGGUAAGUUUUCAUGCAGUAUAGCGAAGAUAACCGUUGAUAACUUACUGAAGCAAGGAUUCAUGUUGAAGAACAUUCAGAAAGUGAAGAAUGAACAGCCCGAAGAUGGUUUUAUGUUGAUUCCUUCAUAUUUGUUGUCUGGUAAUGAGAACUUGAAUUUGCAGAUUUUGAUCGGCCAUGGCCAUGCCAAUGCCAUUAUUCAUUCCUGAUUGUGUAAACUAACUUAAGUUGAAUCAUGAAAGUUAUUGUGAAUCUAA